AUGGCAAUACUUUUAUUGAACUGUCAAUUGUCAGCGGGAUAUUUGACAGCUCUUUCUUUCGUGUUGUGGUGUUGUUUGACUGACUUUUUGGCUGAUAAAACUCGCCGAAAUGUCGCUCGUAAUACCCGACAAGUUUCAACAUAUUCUUCGUAUUAUGAAUACGAACAUUGAUGGCAAACGCAAAGUGAUGUUCGCUAUGACUGCCAUCAAAGGAGUUGGACGCAGGUACUCCAACAUUGUCUUGAAGAAGGCAGAUAUUGACCUCGACAAACGUGCAGGAGAAUGCACGGAGGAAGAGGUUGAAAAGAUUGUGACUAUCAUGUCCAAUCCCAGGCAAUACAAAAUCCCAGACUGGUUCUUGAACAGACAAAAGGAUAUUGUUGAUGGCAAGUACAGUCAAUUGACCUCGUCGAACUUAGACUCUAAGCUUCGUGAGGAUUUGGAGAGACUCAAGAAGAUCCGUGCACACAGAGGCAUGCGUCACUACUGGGGUUUGCGAGUGCGUGGUCAGCACACUAAGACCACUGGCAGAAGAGGAAGGACUGUUGGUGUAUCUAAGAAGAAGUAAUAAUUUGCAAUAAAACCC